AUGCCAACUGCAGAUGAUCCAGAACCGAUACCGUACACUGUGCCUUUUUCAGGAAUGAAAGAUAUUUACACGGGCAUCUUAGCAACUGCAAACCUUAUUGAAUACUUUGAACUUUUUCUGACAAGAGAUAUUGUGGAGCUCAUUGUUGAACAAACAAAUCUUUUUGCUACACAAAACCUAUUAUCUAACGACGACGUGGGUCCCCAAGCUCGAGCUCAUUCUUGGUAUCCAGUCACUGUCGACGAGAUGAUCAAAUUUUUGGCACUGAUUGGUUGGAUGGGCUUGGUCAAACUGCCUGCUAUAAAAGACUACUGGAGAGUUCAUAAGCUUUAUGGAAUUCCAUUGGCAAGGACAGUCAUGCCAAGAAAUCGCUUCGAGCUAAUAUUGAAAUACUUGCAUUUUUCGGAUAACACUGAAGCAGAUACAGAGGACAGGUUGUGCAAAAUUAGAGAUGUGCUUGAUAAAUUUAUUGAGAACUAUAAGAAAAUGUAUACCCCAGGCGAAAACAUCUGUGUCGACGAAUCUCUUAUUCCUUGGCGCGGAAGAUUGAUAUUUCGCCAAUAUAUACCUAAUAAAGCAGCGAAAUAUGGUAUAAAGGUAUUCAAGCUCUGCACUGAAAAGGGUUAUACCUGGAACCUGUAUGUAUAUUGUGGAAAAUCGAAAGAAAAAGAAGUCGAUGUUUCUGAAAAAACGGUUAUGACUCUUGCUCAAGGUCUUCUUGACGAAGGAAGAACUAUUUUUACUGAUAAUUAUUAUACAAGCGUCCCGAUAGCAUACAGACUACGUCGCCGAAAAACCCAUCUUGUUGGUACCCUCAGAUCCAACCGAAAACAUCUACCAAAAGAUGUCAUUGCAACAAAACUGAAAAGAGGGGAAAUUAGCUGUUAG